UCUCAAAUACUCUCACAUCACUCUCACAUCCUCAUUGGUGCGAAAGAUCAAAACAACCGCCAAGAUGACAACUAAACCACUGCUCCUCCUGGCUGCUCUGACUUUCUGCUUUUGCAUCGCCUCUCUGCAUGCGAGGUGUAUCUGCAUACAGACGAUUUCUACUCCUGUCCCUUUGCGAGUCAUCAAGAAAAUUGAGGUGAUUCCUAUUUCAGGAAACUGUCGCCGGACUGAAAUCAUAGUCACCAGGAGGAACGGCUCUAGAGUUUGUGUCAACCCAAAUGUGCAGUGGGUCAACGACCUGCUCAGGUCUUUCCGAAAGUAAUUACUUUAUUUGGCAUUUUUCGACAAAAAGCAAUUUGAAGGAGUCACAUUUGGCUCUUUGAAAUCAAAACUUUUUUUACAAGUUUAAUUUUUUUUUUUAGACUAAAUGAUUUAGAUUUAGCCUUGAACAAAAAUUUUGAAAAAGUACAUUGUACGGUGGUGGUUAUGGAGAUGUGUCACUAUGUAUUUUGUGUUUCUGCCUUUAGUUUUCCACAUUUCAUUUUGUGUCACUGAAAACAAAUACAAAGAAAAAACUAUUUUCUCUGCCCUAUGCUAUGCCAGAGGGUAUUUACUGGUAUUUUAUUGUGUCUAAGGGAUAGACAUUAACAAAAGAAGGGUUCCUUUUUGUGUUGGUAGUCAGUUAUUGUAAUAAUGGUAACAGAAACUUUACUAGGAUUGUAUAAUACUGUGUAUUUCCGUGGUUAGUUAUCAUGUUAUCCCUGGUCAUCAUACAACUCUAACCUGUCUUGUAUUCUUUUUUGAAUAGAAUAUUCACUCCAGUCUUUAAUUAUUUUUUCUUGUCUUGUUUUGUUUUAAUUACAGUACAAAUGUGAGCUCCAGCGCAACCACUGUGUCCACCACUGCUUCCACAAUUCACUAUUGAUCACAUUUUGUGGCAAUGCUUUGAUGUAUCAAAAACCAUAAAUCUGUACUGUAAAGUAAAAUAGUGUCAAAGCACAAAAUAGAGAAUGCUUUCCUGUAAAUCUGACUAAAUAAUGUGAAUCAAAUGCAUUGACUAUAUUAAACCAUGGUGCUGUAACCUUUGACAUGAUUGUUUUGUAUCCAUGUCUUCUCACAAAGAAUUAAAGACAGACAAAAAGACUCUUUAAAAAAUGAGAUGUUUAUUGCCUACAAGAGGUGUAGAGAGUCGGGGCUUUGUGUUAAGAGAUGAUACAAGUGCGUUUGAGCAGUUUAGUUUCAACUGAAGUGUAACAGCUCACAUAUUAAACGUAGCUGUAGCCUUUGUAGAAGUCCUCCAUUCAUUCAUGAGAAUAUCAGUGAUUCAACAUGGCAAGUGUUGAGACAUAGGGCCCCCAGGAACCACUGGGGAGGUUAACCAAAUCACUUAUUUGGAUGAAAACCUAACAUCAGGUUUUGGGGGAAAACAUU